UCCGGGAAGGAAAAACUAAUCCGGGAUUUCGGUUUCAAAACAAACGUUGCUACAUUUGAGAAGCCCGAUAGUCCACAGAUCUACAGAAUGGAGAAAGGUACUCCGUUGAGGCAGUUUAUGGCCGGUGUUAUAGUCAACCUGGCUUCGAUCAUGGUAGGUACCUCGCUAGGUUGGACCUCUCCAAGCGGUCCUAAGCUCGCCUCGUUGGACACCUCACCGCUCGACGCGAUACCAACAACGGCGGAAAGCUCCUGGAUCGGAUCACUUGUCGCCAUGGGAGCAUUGAUCGCUCCCUUUAUAGCUGCUCCGUUGGCGGAAAAAAUCGGCCGCAAAUGGACUCUGCUUGGUAGUUCCGCCCUGUUCAUCGUAUCCUGGAUCCUUCUGUUGACGGCGGGAACGGUAGUGCAGGUGCUGGUGGCACGUUUCAUCCAGGGUCUAGGUGUCGGUUUUGUGAUGACAGUUCAGACGAUGUACAUCGGUGAGAUUGCCAGCAAUCAGUACCGGGGUGCCCUCGGUUCGCUCAUGCAGCUGUGCAUCGUGACCGGAAUUUUGUACGUGUACUGCGUUGGGCCGUACGUGUCGUACCAUGCACUGCAGUGGGCGUGUCUGGCCAUCCCGAUCGUGUUCGAUGCAACGUUCUUCUUCAUGCCGGAAACUCCAGCUUUCUACAUCGCUAAGGGCGAUAAGGGAAAGGCAGCCGAGUCGCUGAGUUUCCUGCGUGGUAUGACGGUCGAGGGCAUACAGGAGGAGCUACAGGAGAUUACGACCACUGUCGAGGAUUCACUGAAGAACCGCGGCACUCUGGUGGAUCUUCUCCGUAACAAGGGCAACGUGAAGGCUCUCAUCAUCUGCUGUGGGUUGAUCAGCUUCCAGCAGCUGUCCGGUAUCAACGUGAUUCUGUUCUACAGCCAGAAUAUCUUCGCCAGUACCGGCACCAGCAUGGAACCGGCCAUAUCUACCAUCCUUGUCGGUGUGGUGCAAGUCCUAGCGAGCGGCGCCACUCCGCUGAUCGUAGACCGACUGGGCCGCAAACCGAUCCUACUGGCGUCGGCCGGCGGAAUGUGUGUGUCACUCGCGGCGAUGGGCACUUACUUCUACCUCAAGUACACGAACGCGCCGACGCUGGGCAGUCUCGGCUGGCUGCCGAUCCUCUCGUUGAUCUUGUUCGUAACGCUUUACUGUGUCGGUUUCGGCCCGCUGCCUUGGGCCGUGCUCGGGGAGCUGUUUCCCGCCAACGUUAAGUCCAUUGCAUCCUCGAUUGUUGCCUCCACUUGCUGGAUUCUUGGCUUCAUCAUCUUGCAGUUCUUUGCCGACAUGGAUGCCGCCCUCGGGUCACACUGGUCGUUCUGGAUUUUCGGCAUCCUUUGCGCCGUCGCGUUUGCGUUCACCUUCACGAUGGUCAUGGAAACCAAGGGACUGAGCUUGCAGGAGAUUCAGGAUCGACUGAACGGCAAGUCCUAGGUUGUAAACCCACACACCUGGCACACGCUUGAUCGCCUUCGCAUGCUCCCCGUUGUGAUGAUGGGUCCUCUGUGCGAGUGUUAGUGUUAUUUCUGCCAGGAAGAGAAUCACCAUCGGGCAACCUUCCAUUAUCUGAUUUGAAUAUCUUUUUGUUCAUUUUUUCCAUUUCUCUGUAAGUAGUAUAGUUAGCUCCCAUUGGAACCAAAGCGUUAGGCGAGUGCUAAGCAAAGCUUUGCCGGUGUGUUAUGUACUGUGUUAUGUUACUUGAAUAAAUUGUUGUCUU